CCAACCGUUCCCUUCCCGCCUCGUAAAAGAAGAUGAAAAGAAAGCAAAGCAGCAUAUCCUGUAAAAUUCCUUCUCCUUCCUCGUUUCUUCCUCCUAUCCCACCUCUGAAUUCUAACAAAAAAAACUCUUCGUUUACUUAGCUUCAGUUCAGCUAGCCAUGGCCAAUGCUGUGACUAUGGGAGCGAGGUCACUCCCCUUCCACUCCGCACGUGUCAAUUCCCACGUGCCAUUCUCUCCCCCUCUCUCACUGGCAGCUUCCACCACCACCAGCAGCCACGGCUUCUUCCCCAAGCUUAAUUUAUACUCCGGCCACUGCCACCGCCCAAAUAAAACGACACCGGCCAGGGCGUCGUAUGAGGAAAGAAACAGCCUCGUCCCUUCUGACGACGCUGAAGAUGGCGUCUUGCUUGGGACCAUGAAAUUGCCCUCGGAUACCGACGUUCCCAGAUUCCAGAUCUUGCUCUUCCAGUGGGCUAAUAGUCUCGCCCAAGGAGCUAACUUGCCUCUCCCUUCUCCUUUAAAGGUGGACAAAAUUGCAGGUGGGACUAGAUUGGGUUUUAUUACGAUUGGGGACGGGGAGACUGAGGUCCUUGUAUACAUAGAUUGCUUGGUUUUUCCAGCAGAUGCUGAUUCUGGGCCGAUUUUCCGAGCUGUGAGAAAUGGACGCUUGAAGGAUAAGACGCCUCCUGGUGAGCCAAGAAUCAUGAGAAGUCUUAUGCAGGCUCUUCAGAAGUCGGUUGAAAUCGCUAGAGUGUAAAGAAGUUAGCUAUAUGUUUGUGAUUAUAUGCGCUUUCUUAUGUAAUGCAAAUAUUUGUACUUCUCUUAAGUCCGAAUAAAUUUGGUCUCAGUGAAAGUUUGGUUUCGGCAAACAGAACUUAGUUCUUGUUGUUUGUACAUUUUUAUGCUGUCGUGACCGAAGUCGGUUGAAAUCGCUAGAGUGUAAACAAGUUUGCCAUAUGUUUGUGAUUAUAUGCGCUUUCUUAUGUAAUGCAAAUAUUUGUACUUUUCUUAAGUCCGAAUAAAUUUGGUCUCAUUGAAA